AUGGGAUCCGUCCCUAGCCAUUAUGGCCCACUCAUCCCCGGCACCGUUGUCCAGACCCAGACCUCGAGCCCCAUCAAAAGGAAGAUCGAGACCAUCUAUGCGCCGGCGAGAUUCCUCCCCCCACCGUCAUCCCCUCCACCUCACCUUCCAACCCCCGCAUUCUCGCCCGACGGACAAACAGACGAAGAUGAUAUCACCGAGGAUACUUUAUCGCCUUUCGAUCCGCGCAGGAUCACGCCGACCCUCCAUGCAUCUCUGGUGUCGGAGAUCCUCUCCCUGCGCCGGGAGAUAGAGAGCAAAACGAAGGCAAUCGAUGGAUUAGAGGAAAGUUUGGAUGAGUCAAGGACUGAAAAUGAAACAUUGACCGCGAAUCUAUCCCAAGUCACACGGGAAGGACGCUCGUUGAAACACCAAAUUCAACUUCUGGAAGGUGGAACAUCGUCUGCAAUGACCGAGCUGGCUCGGGAGCGUGAUGAAGCAGUCGAAAGCAUCAGCGAUGUUCGUAAGAAACUCGAGCAGGCGCAGAAGAAGGCUCGAAAUCGAGAAGAGGACGUCGAACGAACCCAAUUACUCUGGGCUCGCGAUCAAGAGUCAUGGGCGGAUGAACGCCGAGCCCUGGAACGCAAGGUCCACGUAGUGGAGGGCCGCUUAAAAACUGUUUUGAAUGAGGUCGCCGCCGCCCAGGAAGUAGCGACUCUCCAUUCUCGCUCACAGCCGAGUGAGCACGGUGAACGUGUCCACGACAAAACUAAAGAAAGCGACACAGCCAGCGUGGCAUCUAGUAGCCCGGACCGCCGACGCACAAGUGUGACCACCGUGAGCUCGGAUGACGAAGAUGCCAUCAAUUUCCGCAAUGUGCGGUACUCAGUUAUAAGUAUUUCGCCUGGUGUCAAGACUAGUUCGGGUCUGAAUCUGGCGGAGGAACUUGAAUUGGAUGAGGAGGAGUUCGUUCCAUCUGAUGAUGAACUCCCCGCCUCUCCGGAGGCGCUCCCCGAGGAGCGUCCAAUGUCGGUUCACUCACAGGGAUCGCAUAGUGUUUCCUUCAAGGCUAGAAAGAUCUUAGGUCUGUCCCUACAGAGUUUGGGGUCACCCACUGCUAUGGAAUUCCGUGCUGGGCUCGCUAGUCCAGUGAAAUAUGACGUGACAGUCGAAUACCGCGAAAUCGGCACCCAGUAUUCGCCGCCUCCGUCGCCUACCCUAGAGGCGAAGGUAGCGGAUGAGAUUGUUCCUGGGAUAUUGAGGCCAGGUUUCACCCCCGAAAGCGAAGGCGACGAAAAUGCGGACCCGCUAGAGUUGACGCAGAAUCAGACAUUACCCAUUGCAGCCGAGAUGGUAUCUACCUCCUGCCAAACCGAGGACGAGCCUCCGAGUCCUCCAUGGACGCCCAAGUUAGCAGACUCGCCGCCCGAGGCUCCUGAAUCAGCAUCUCAGUUGCUGCAGAUGACAUCGACUUCUACACAAACCGAUUCCAUUCCAGAGACAGAAGUCGCCCAGAGCGGAAAACCUCCUACCUUGUCACCAAAUGAUGUACCUUUGCCAAUGGACAUUCCAAUGAUUGCCAUUCACCCACCUGGUUCUGAGCCUUCCUCCCCUCGAAGUAGCGUCGUCCUUCCACCGCAAACCAAAAAUAUUGGCUGUCAGGCCAAUUUCCAGGCGAUUGUUGACUGUCGAUCCAUCGCCACUCAGACUGAAGAGAUCCGUAUCGAUCAACGCCUUAUCAAACUUCCUGCUAGCCUUCUUCCCUCUGCUAUUCAGGAUACACUACCUGAACCCGAGUCUCGGGAGCCUGGCCUCGAAUCAUAUACUGUGCCCCCGCUUCCACCACGUUCUGAAAAACGAAACCAGAGACGGAUAGCGACAGGUGGCCCCAUGAGGCCUCCUAGAGCACCCAGUCCAGAUCACAUUCAGGCUUAUCCGGGUAACAACGACAAUGGACCGCUCUCAGACGACUCUUUGUCCAAUAUUCGACGACCACUGCGGUCUAGUAGCCUCUUUGCCGGUUUCGAACAAACUAGCGACGAGGAAGGGCCCCUUGGGGAGCGUGAUGUCUUUACUGAUGAUGAGCUCCUUAAUCGCCCAUUCGCCGCGUAUACUGUCAGUCGUGGCAAACUCGUCAAUGCAAAAUCAAGACCUAGUCUGGACGAAAUGACUCUCCCCGAAGUUGACGAGCAACUAUCUUCGCCGGAGUCAAGGCCACCUGACAUUAGUCGUUCUCGCGCUCCUCAAAGGUCUGCAGUUAUUUCAAGUGCUCGCCAGGCUGGCAUGCGCAAAAUGGCCAUGAUUUCCAGCGGAACCGCUGCACACCAGAAGACUCGCGCCCGGAGUCCCAGCGAACCAAGUCUCGAAAGCGGGAGUGCAGGGUCAAGCAUUGCCCCGCCAUUCCCUGUUCCUAUCCGUCUCAGCUCACGCAACCUCCCUCCCAACGGUAGCGACGGACCGCCAAGCCCAACUCGCUCAGCCGGCAGGCAGUUCUCUGAUCGCGGUCAGCACUCUGUCGUCCGGCGGCCAACCCUACGUCGAGUCCGAUCCGCAGCAGCAAUGUCAGAAUCAGAGGUCACCGAGCAACCAGAGACUCGCUCUUCCCCAUCACAGUCAAUUUCGACAUUUUCUCCAGAUAGCCCCAUUUACCGACCAUACCGACCACCGCCUAUGCCGCUUGAUGAUAUCACGGUGCCUCGUGAGCGGUACGGGGCCCCGAAACGCGCCUCGCAUCGUGCGACUGCAUCUCAAAACCGGGGUUACGAACAGCGUGAGCGAAACGAUUCCACUGGCGGUGUACAGCCGACCAGUGUUGUGGAUGCCAUUGCGCAGACCAUGGUUGGCGAGUGGAUGUUCAAAUACGUGCGUCGACGCAAAUCCUUUGGAAUGGGUGAGUCCAAAGAGAACUGGGAAGGCAAAAAUCCCGACGAGGUGUCGGCGCAUAUCACGAACAGCGGUGUGCGGCAUAAGCGAUGGGUUUGGCUUGCCCCAUACGAAGGCUCCAUUAUGUGGAGUAGUAAACAACCUACAAGUGGGCCUGCCUUGCUCGGCAAGAGUGGCCGGAAGUUCACCAUCCAGUCCGUCCUCGAUGUCAAGGAUGAUAACCUCCUACCGAAGAGCGCCGGCUCUUCAAGCCCUUUCAACCGCUCCAUCCUGGUGCUGACACCGCAGCGUGCUCUGAAAUUCACAGCCCUGACCGUCGAACGUCAUUACGUCUGGCUGACGGCCCUAUCCUUCCUCAGCCACUCCUCAAUGGGGCUCCAAGAACUAGCAGUACUUCCCCCAGUUCCUCAAGAGGAAUCCCCAACCCUACCUAAAGCCGCCCUCCGUCGUAACCCAAUUCGCGACUCCAUCCGCGUCGCAAAGGGCCGCCCCCGCCCGACGCCACAGGGCAAACGCUCCUUCAACAGCACUGGCGCUCCAGCCCCAGUCCCUGAAAUCCCAGAUGACAGCAUCGACUUAGCAGCCGAUGCACCGCACGUCCCCCGCUUCUCAUCCCACAACCGCAAGCGCAGCAACACCGCACCUCGUCCACCAGCUCUUCACACUCUCCGCAGCUUCUCCAGCCAAGGCACUAUGCCCUCCCCGUACAGUGCCGGUUCUUCGGAACUCCACUUCCCCCAGGUCCCAAGUCUACCUCAAGGCACCAGCAGCCGCCGCACGUCCGAGGCGAGUGGGCGGGCGCCCAGUGCAGCGGGCAGCAAUGUGUUUGAUAUUGGCACUAUGCGCAUGGAGGCUUUCAUCGAUCAUCAUGCGGAGGAGAUUAAUCGCGCACCUCGGGUGCCUCCCCGCCAGCGCCAUAUCCGCAAGACUUCAAGUCAGUGGAGUGAACGACGGUAUGAGUUUGAUACGCCUUCGGUCAAUGGCAGCGAAUUCUCAUACCGCCCCGACGACCCUUGGAGAGGAUUCUGA